AUGUUUCACUUUCGAUCGUUUACCUUUUAUAUCAACCUCCUGUCCUUACGAUUACUUAUAUACUUCACCCGUAGUUACCCACAUACCUCAGUCGUUCUACCAUCGCCGUGCCCGACUGAGGUAUGUAUAUACUAUCACAAUAUCCACAACUAUUACUUACACUCAUUCAUAGUGAAUACUUACAUUGUCCCUCUAUUAGGAGGCAAUCUCUUUGACAGGAUUCUCCAGAAAUCCUUCUACCUGCGAGAUGACAGGGUGCGAAACGUCUUUUUCCAGCUCAUCAAUGCUGUCGUAUUCUGUAACGAAAACAGCGUGUACCAUCGUGAUAUCAAGCCAGAGAAUAUUCCUUGUUCAGAGGAUGAUUCAGGGAUUUAUCUCACCGACUUUGGUAUGUCGACACAGAACGAGACCCCGACUUUCCAUGAGUGCGGGAGCAUGGAGUGCAUGAGUCCUGGUAUGCCCGACAGAAGAUACUCUACUCGGACAAAUGAUAUCUGGUCUCUCGGUGUCGUUCUCACAACGAUGGUCACUAGGUGUGCUCCUUGGGCGAUGGCGGUGACGACAGACUAUUCCUUCAACCCAUCUCUUCAGGAUGGAGAUCACCUAAGACGCUUCUUGCUAGGUAUAUCUCCAGGCGCCUGUACCAUCCUUAAGAAGAUCUUCCGUCUGGAACCUCGCAGUCAUAUUUCCUUGGCUGAUCUUCAACGUGAAAUUACUGAACUCGAGACAUUCUUC